UGAGGUGGUUCAGUGUUCACUAGAUCAGAGGACGGAUCACCAGGAACACGGAUUACCAUGGAGAGAAAAGCCUUGCUUUGCAUCUUCUUCUUGUUGCUACCACUGGUCUUAGUGUCUGCAGACAUACCUGUCAUCAACUCAAUAAAUGACCUAAGGAACAUUGAGUUUGGCAACAGAUUCCCUCGUCAUGGCCUAAUGCUGCUACACUUUGUCUCUGGCGGCCUAUAUGUUGAUAACAACGAUGUACUCAUACCAACGUUCUUGCCAGAAAUGGGAGACUGGGGCUUCCAUUACUUCAAUAACUAUGAAGAACUUUUUCCACCACUGCAAGAUCAGAACAUGCAGGGUUACUACGCAGUCGGGAAUAUCAACACACCAACAUCAUACCCACUCCAUCCUUAUGUCACUCGCAGCUACUACCUUACCCCAGGACACUUAGAGAGGAACAUGGACAGGAUAGUUGUCAGAACAAGCCCCGACCGGCCGCUGUUAGAGGCAGUCUACAUAACACAGCACUAUCGAAGAAGCAGUGGGCAUGACCCCCAUGGCAGUGAGUAUGACCCCCAAAACACCUACCAAAUCAGCCCCGCCCUCCUGCGGGAGAUCAGGACCGUCAUCCAUAACAGGGUGGACAGUGAACAGGCAUUUCUGUACGCUGCCGGCUAUGACGUAGACUCCAUGCUCUUCACACAGAACUGCUAUGCCACUAGUAGCACAUACAAGGUUGAAGAAGCAGACAGAAUGACUCUGAAUGAGUCCACUGCUAUAAUGAAAGAGGCAGUGGUGAAUGACCACCACACAGAGUGCUACGCUGUUGUGCUCCAGGUGAAAUCCACAGAAAGUGGGUACGCCCGGCUCGGAUGGGCUAAUGUCCCUGACAGCCUACUGGAUGUGGGGGUGAUGCUGGCACUCUUUAAUAACAAUGGAAAUAAUCUCUUAUCUCUCUCUCUUGGCACGCGCAGCUACGGAACCUAUGACAGCAACCAGUACCUUAACCAUGGCCUACAGGUCAAGCUCCUCUCCAAGGACGAGUCAAAUGUCUUCAUUACCGGGCCUCGGUAUGAUGACGCAGACAGGAAGGUUCCUGUUGGCAUAGAGGGUUAUGACGCCAGUCUGCAGCUCUACACUAAAGGCAGCUAUGCUUGCGCUCGCCUGUUCAUCAAAAAGACCUUCACCAAAAUGAAGACUGAUUUCUAUAACUCGUGGGUUGGAUUCUACUCCAAUCACAACGAUGCUAGUAAUUCUUACUAUACUUACCAGUACGCUGUCAGUUUCACUAAGCAGGAUGACACAAACACAAAAUAUGAUAUAUAUUCGUAUGUGUCUAGUUUGUCCAUUCAACCUGGAGCUCAAGCUCGAUUCUUCCUCACGAAAACAUGCGAUAACAUGCUGGCAACAACUACACCAUGGGAAAGGUAAAAAGUUGUCCGGAAGAUUGCUGGUAUUAGUAUUAGUGUCUCCAGCCGUGAGCGAGGUACUUUACCUAUCAGACUGUUGAACAAAAACAGUCAAUUAAGGAGAAACCAGCAGAAUCUUACAACACUUGGAAAGAAAUUGGAAAGCAACAGCGUAAAUUUAAAGCACCCAACAGAGAACACCUCAGUCAUGUGAUUACCAAAGAGCCCCGUCUCCACCGCUUACACAACACCACACCAUCUCCGUGGCGACAGAGCAGCCAAUCACCAUGCAGACGGCAGUGAAGAGCAGACAGGAUUGGACACAUCUGACCCUUCUGUAACUCAGAGACUGAUUAGACUACUACUAAAAUAUGUUUUGUCUCAGGUAAUAAGAUGAAGAUUUGGGGAGAGGAUGAGUGAAUGAAUCAAAAGGCGUAAAUCGGCAUAAUGCCCUGAGGUAGUUUAUCUACCCUGAGCUACCUGACCUAUGAUAACUUCAUAACUGCAAUUGAACAAACUACCCUGACCAGACCAAUCGAGAACUGAUGUCUGUAAUGUCUACAUGUCAAAUGUUUGUAUUGUCUACUACCGUCAAUUGUGGUACAGUUUUUCUAUAUAAAUUGUAAAUUAUGUUUUGUUGUGUUCAUGGAGCCCAGGAAGAUUAGUGGUCGUCAUGGCGUCAGCUAAUGGGGAUCCCCAAUAAAGAUAAAGAUAAAUAACUUUGUGUUAUAUUGAAGGCCAUGAUUAUCAAGAUUGCUAAUGGAUGGGUAGAUUUGUUUGGGCUGGUUAGACUCACAAUCUAAGAACAGAGGAGCAGAGGAGGGCCAGCAGUAUUUUGACUAGGGUUGCAAAAUUCUGGGAAAUUUCAAUACGUUUCACAGAAAUAAAUCUAUUUUAAGCAGUGGAGGCUGCUGAGGGGAGCCCAAACAAAUCUAUCUUUUAAACAAAACUUACUGUCAAUUUUUUAUUUUCUAUGAACUUGUCUGUCGGCCCUGCAUUAAAGACCAUAAGUGGUUUUAAGGAAAAUUGUGCUAAAUAAAAAAACAUACCAAUUUCAUUUAGGACCUAAAAAUUGACAGCUGUGCCAUAUAAAUUGCAAAAUAGUUGGGAAGAGAUUUUCGAUGUACCCAUUCCAUGGCACAUGGUUUAUGAAUUGACACACAAAACAACGCCAGAUUCAAAAUUGCAAAUGUUUCAAUUUAAAUCAUUAUACAAAAUUCUUGCAACCAAUAUAAUGUUAUAUAUGUGGGGGAUACAAUCUUCCCAGCUCUGCAGAUUCUGCUGUGAGGAGGCAGAGUCAUUAGAUCAUUUAUUUUGGUACUGUCCGUACUGUAUGUAGCUCGUUUUUGGUCACAGGUCCAGGAAUGGCUGAAGAAUUGCAGCAUUUACCUAGAAUUAACGUUGCAGAUACCAAUACUGGGUGAUUUAAAAAGUCAUAGUCAAUCAAUCAAUAAUAUAAUAAUUAUUUUUGCAAAAAUGUUUAUCUUUAAUUUACAAUCUGCAGAAGCUAUGAGAAAAGAAAGGUUCAGCAUCACAGCACAGUUGAAAAAUAUAUGGCAAAUAGAAAUCCAAUAUGGAUGGUGUUAAGAGAUAGAGGGGAGGGGUUGAAUGGAGCUGAAGGGUGGGACUAAUAACAAGAUAAACAAUGUAAAACAUAUGUCAAAUGUAUAUAGGUUCAGAAAUGUUGUGAAAUAGCACAGUUACAAAUAGAAAUCUAACUGGAUGGACUUCAGAAAUAGAGGAAGGACUAAAAAUAAACAAAAUAUAACGAUUGGAAGAUUGUGUCUGUAAAAUGUGUAUGUAUGCACUGAAUGUUAUUAAUAUGUAUAAACUGAAGGUAGAAGCAUAAGUGUUAUUGUUUAUUAGUUUACUCCAAUCAGGGAGGGGUGGUAGGAUUUGCAGGGAAUAAUAAAGGUAUAUUCUAAAAAAGGUA